UAGACGCUGUUCUGGAUGCUGGGCGUUCAGUAGGCAGUGAUUGAGAACAACACUUCUGCUCUCCUGACGUGAGAUAUGUGUGUCAAAGACAGUUAACAUACGGUGCGAUAUCGGGUUCAGGAGUAGAAUUCCGUGGUUCGUCAGUUACAUACAGCACCCAGUGCUGAUCACAACAGGAGGAAGUAACAGGAGAACUGUCUGACAUCUGGUACGAACCCCAAGCAGCAGGCCCUGAAGCUGAAGUGAACUUGGCCGUGCCUGUUGGCUCCAGGAGUCCCUAUGGAUUAUGGCAGGAAAAGUGAAAUGGGUCACUGAUAUCGAGAAGUCUGUGCUGAUAAAUAACUUUGAAAAGAGAGGAUGGAUCCAAGUGACAGAAAACGAAGAUUGGAACUUUUACUGGAUGAGUGUACAAACCAUCCGGAACGUUUUUAGUGUCGAAACUGGCUACCGGCUCUCAGACGAUCAAAUAGUGAACCAUUUUCCGAACCACUACGAGCUGACCCGGAAGGACCUGAUGGUGAAGAAUAUUAAAAGAUACAGGAAGGAGCUGGAGAAGGAAGGGAGCCCUCUAGCAGAAAAAGACGAAAAUGGGAAAUACCUCUAUCUGGACUUUGUUCCGGUCACCUACAUGCUGCCCGCCGACUACAACCUGUUCGUGGAAGAGUUCAGGAAGAGCCCCUCCAGCACCUGGAUCAUGAAACCUUGCGGCAAAGCCCAGGGGAAGGGCAUCUUUCUGAUCAACAAGCUCUCGCAGAUCAAAAAGUGGUCCCGGGACAGCAAGACGUCUUCGUUCGUGACUCAGUCUACCAAGGAAGCCUACGUGAUCUCCCUCUACAUCAACAACCCGCUGCUCAUUGGCGGGAGGAAGUUUGACCUCCGCUUGUAUGUCCUGGUGUCCACGUACCGCCCGCUGCGCUGCUACAUGUAUAAGCUCGGAUUCUGCCGCUUCUGCACCGUGAAGUACACGCCGAGCACCAGCGAGCUAGACAACAUGUUCGUUCAUCUCACCAACGUCGCCAUUCAGAAACACGGGGAAGACUAUAACCACAUCCACGGGGGCAAAUGGACGGUGAGCAACCUGCGGCUGUACCUGGAGAGCACCCGCGGCAAGGAGGUGACCGGCAAGCUGUUCGACGAGAUCCACUGGAUCAUCGUGCAGUCGCUGAAGGCCGUGGCGCCGGUGAUGAACAACGACAAACACUGCUUCGAGUGCUACGGGUACGACAUCAUCAUCGACGACAAGCUGAAGCCCUGGUUGAUUGAGGUGAACGCGUCCCCGUCUCUCACCUCCAGCACUGCCAACGACCGAAUCCUGAAGUAUAACCUGAUCAACGACACUCUCAAUAUUGCGGUCCCGAAUGGCGAGAUUCCAGACUGUAAAUGGAACAAGUCACCCCCGAAGGAAGUCCUCGGCAAUUACGAAAUCCUCUAUGAUGAAGAGCUGGCACAGGGCGAUGGCGCUGACCGAGAGCUGAGAAGUCGUCAGGGCCAGUCGCUGGGGCCCAAGGGGGGCCGGUCGCGAGACUCGGGCAGAACCGUCCUCACCACCUGGAAGUGAGCACCAGUCACCGUGAAAGAUGGCGAGCCAGACCCUACCGGAUACUCAGUGCACCUGGGCCCAUUCCGAAAUUUUCCUUUUUCUAGAGCUUUUUCCCCCUUUCCUAAGCGCUGUAAAUAAAGGCACUUCUUUGGAAGGUUAA